GUCAUGGCAUUAGAUCCUUUUAUUCUGCUUAAAGAUGCCUUCAGAUGAGUGCCUUCUUGUCUUUGUUCGAGACCGCUGAAGAAGCCUUAACAAGUUUAAUCUUAGCUGGAUGCAUGCGUCCAAUUUUAGGACGAUUGUAAGGACGAGGAGGUUCUGCCGGAAAUAAGUUCCGGAUGUCGCUGGGUCUCCCAGUGGCAGCGACAGUCAACUGUGCAGACAACACAGGUGCAAAGAACCUCUAUAUAAUCUCUGUUAAGGGGAUUAAGGGCCGUCUCAACCGGCUUCCCUCUGCUUGUGUUGGGGAUAUGGUGAUGGCCACUGUCAAAAAGGGGAAGCCUGACCUCAGAAAGAAGGUCAUGCCUGCUGUCAUUGUAAGGCAGCGGAAGCCAUGGCGUAGAAAGGAUGGUGUUUAUAUGUACUUUGAAGAUAAUGCUGGAGUUAUUGUCAAUCCAAAGGGGGAGAUGAAAGGUUCUGCCAUCACAGGACCUAUUGGGAAGGAAUGUGCUGAUUUGUGGCCUAGGAUUGCGAGUGCGGCUAAUGCCAUUGUGUAGUAAUGAGGCUAGCUUGUUAUUGAAAAAAAAAAAAAGCUUGAGGGAAUUUGUUUCAGUACCAUUGUUUUAAUUCAGGGAUGUUUCCUCAUGGCCAUUUAUUGUUCUUAAUCCGAAUCUCCUGUUGUGCGCAAUUUGUUAUUUUAGAUCAGUUGCUUGUGAUUCUCUC